AAAAAAAAAAAAACCCUCACACUCCCACACUCCCAGGAGGCCAGCCAACACACCUGUUGGAACUUUGCACAAAGGGUAUCUUCUCUCUUCAAGCUUGAACUGCAGCUCAGUAACAAGUGGGCUACAGACACCAGGGGCUUGCCCAUGGAAGCCCCAAGGCCUAGAGAACUGCCAGAGAUUUGAUGGCUGUCACUCUCCACCUGCAGCCUCAGUCCAGGGUCUGCCAGGCACCAAGAGCUCACACUUUGCCCCUCACAAGCAUCAUCUCAUUGUUUAGAGUGGGGGCUUCAGCACCAGACAAAUGCGGGUUUGUAUCUAACUCAACCACAUGCUGGUCAGAGUCAGCUUCUCUCAGCAGACCUGUGACUCCUGUUCCAAAUGGAUGCGGAACCAUGAUGUGUUACGACUCGCAACCCGCCAGAACCCCACAGCAAAGUCCACUAGAGUAAGCAUGCCCUCACCAGUCAGAACAUCCUGGACACUGAGCAGCCUUUUCUGAGAGCCUGGUGCCUUUGAUAGCCCUGGGAGACUCCUCUAAUCCCAACCACCAGGUUGUCACUAUAGAACUAAUUAAACCAUCUGUCCUCGGUAUCCACAACUCAACAUUAGAAUGGGAGAUGGUUCAGGGAGCCAAUUAGAGGCCAGGCAUUGGGAGGUGGUAGAGGUGAGAGCCUGACACCUGUGCUCUUGUCUGAUAAGUCCAGGCCUGCGUUAGGGCACCUUGGCCUAAAGAGCCUGUCUUGACUGGAUCAUGAGAGGGGACUGAGUCUACACAGCUGGCCUGGCCUCAGGCCUGGAGCUUUAGCUCAAGGACAAGAACACCCAUAAAGCCAGGCCCAGCUCCCAACCUCACAUCUGCCACGAUGUUGCUGCUCAGCCUGACUCUAAGCCUGGUUCUCCUCAGCUCCUCCUGGGGUGAGUGGGCCAGGACCAGCCCUAACUCAGCCCUGGGGGCAACUCAGCUCCCAGCAACAGCCCAGGGAAGGGGCCAAGCUGGCUGGAAGGGAUGCAGGUAGACAGAGUGAGCAAAGGAAACAGGAUGUGCCAGGGCAGGGGAGCAUGAACAGGCCUGCAAGGAUGGGAGGGGGCAAGAGUAGGGUGGGCAUGGUUUAGGAAGCUGAGACAGGAAGACCUGUCCAUGUCUUUUAGAAAGAACCCUCUGGCUGGAAGAAUGUUGAUCUGUUCAGGUCUGGAGAGGUCAAAGAGACCAGGGGUAGAGAUGGGAAACAAUGGGACUAGGCUGGAGCAAGAGCGGGGAGAAUGGCGGAACUGGGGGACUGGUUGGAUGGGGAAACCAAGAUAGCUGUGGGGCCCGAAAGUACUUGCAUGUACCCUGCUGGGGAAGGGGUAGUGCUGUACCCUCUCUACAAACCUCUCCAGGGUGCACAGCCUGGGGCACCCAGGAGAAGGAGGUGGGGAAAGGCAGGCUGAGGCCUGGGAAGCAGGUCCUUACCAGCCCAAUGGUCAGGCUGCGGUGUUCCUGCCAUCAAACCGGCACUGAGUUUCAGCCAGAGGAUUGUCAACGGGGAGAAUGCAGUGCCGGGCUCCUGGCCCUGGCAGGUGUCCCUGCAGCCCUGACCCCAGGACAGCAGCGGCUUCCACUUCUGCGGUGGUUCUCUCAUCAGCCAGUCUUGGGUGGUCACUGCUGCCCACUGCAAUGUCAGGUGAGCGCCCUCACUCCACCUACCCCACCCCUCACCUCUUCCUGCCUCCUCCCCUGGCUGUCCCCCUCCUGGUCUGCCCUCCCUGCAGCUGCCUAACCCCACCUCCUGGCAGCCCUGGCCGUCACUUUGUUGUCCUGGGCGAGUAUGACCGAUCAUCCAACGCAGAGCCCCUGCAGGUUCUGUCCAUCUCUCGGGCCAUUACACACCCUGGCUGGAACCCCAAUACCAUGAACAAUGACGUGACACUGCUGAAGCUCGUCUCGCCAGCCCAGUACACAACACGUAUCUCACCAGUUUGCCUGGCAUCCUCGAACGAGGCUCUAACUGAAGGCCUCACAUGUGUCACCACCGGCUGGGGUCGCCUCAGUGGUGUGGGCAAUGUGACACCAGCCCGUCUGCAGCAGGUGGCUUUGCCCUUGGUCACUGUGAAUCAGUGCCAGCAGUACUGGGGCUCACGUAUCACUGACUCUAUGAUCUGUGCAGGUGGCGCAGGUGCCUCCUCGUGCCAGGGUGACUCUGGAGGCCCUCUUGUCUGCCAGAAGGGAAACACGUGGGUGCUUAUUGGUAUCGUCUCCUGGGGCACCAACGACUGCAAUGUGCGCGCACCUGCUAUGUACACCCGAGUUAGCAAGUUCAGCGCCUGGAUCAACCAGGUCAUAGCCUACAACUGAGCCCACCACGGGCCCCUCCCCAGCUCCACCCAUUAAAGACUCGGGCCCUGUCCCAUCAUGCAUUUUUGUCUGUCUUUCUGGCUCAGAAUAAAGGAGAGGCUGUUGAGGGUCU